AUGUCGCUGGAAGAAGUCAAGCAGCAGCGCUUACUAACCCGGAAAAACAUGUCCCGCAUAAGGACAAUAGUGGAGACAAGCGAAAGUAAAACUGGAAAAAUACUUUCGCCUAUCGAACUCAAGUGUCGACUCGGAAUUUUAGAUUCCUAUUUUAAGCAAGGAUUGGGCUAUCAAACGCAAAUCGAGAAGCUCGAUCCAGAAGACAAUGGUCGGGGUGACCUGGAAGACCUCUACGUCACCAUCCGUUCAAACAUCCAAAUGCAGCUCGGUGAAGAUGAACACAACUCAACGUUCCGUGAAUCAACAGCAGCAAUUCCUGUUUCGCAUUCAAAAAUACCAGCAUUAAAAUUACCCGUAUUCUGUGGAAGGUACUCGGAAUAUAAAAAUUUCAUCGCAUCAUUCAUGCACGUCAUCGGAAAUGAGUCAUCGCUGUCUAAUAUUGAGAAGUUCAACCAUCUCCUCAAUUGUUUACAAGGACAGGCCUUGGAGACUGUGAAGGCGUUCCAAAUCACCAGCGAGAACUACUCAAAGGCAUUAGACAGAUUAAAGUCCCGUUACGACAAUAGCACGCUCAUCUUCAUGGAAACCAUCAAGUCGUUAUUCGAGCUGCCUUCUGCUGCAAAAGGUUGUGCUUCUCAGUUACAAAGUUUGGUCGACAACGUGUCUGCACUUUAUAGUUCGCUGUUGUCAAUCGGCUCUGAUAAAAACAUUUCGCAUUUACUGCUCAUUCACCUUGUAAUGGACAAGGUUGAUGAAGAAACGCAAAACAAGUGGAAGGAGUCAUUAGACUUCACAUCGCUACCAUCUUGGGAACAGUGCGCAAAGGUUCUCGAACGACGCUGUCAGUUUUUAGAGUCAGCAUCGGGCUCCCUCUCGUUUGGUGAUUCUGGAAAAUCCAGCUACAAACAGGAAAACAGGAAUAAGCCGCCACACCACUUGAUUGGCAGUUGCUCUCGCUUCAAGCAAAUGGAGAUUGCUGACCGCUUCAAGGAGGUUAAGAGAUGUAAACAUUGUGCUCGUUCUCAUCACAGCCUACUUCAUCGUGCUCCUACUUCAAACAAAAUGCAGUCAGCAUCGCUUCCUACAUCAUCACUUGAGCAACCAACGCAACCUGUAAGUACUGCAGCUGCGCACACACAUCAAGAAAAAUCGCCACAAGACCAAGUCAUACUAGCAACUGCAGUGGUACUCAUCCGAGAUGCGUCUGGCUGUUUUCAUUUGGGUAGAGCGCUACUCGACUCCUGCUCCCAAAUCGCUUAUCAGCCAGAGGCUGAAUUUAAUAUCACAUCUUGGAACUUGCCUGCUAACAUUGAACUCGCCGACGAAAAUUUCUUCAAGCCAACACGUGUAGACCUACUCAUCGGCACAGAAAUCUUUUUCGACAUCCUGUCUAUUGGGCAAAUAAAGUUAGCACCUGGGUUACCGUCACUACAGAAGACUUUAUUAGGAUGGGUCGUCUCUGGCCGAUAUCAACGACCUACAGAAAAUUCAUCAUCAAUUUGCCUACUUUCGGUUGAGGAAUCAGUGGAUGCCAAUUUGCAACGCCUCUGGAAGCUGGAUGAACCAUCAAAGGCAGACAUGUGGACCACUGAGCAAAGGAAUUGUGAGCAAAGUUACAUGCAAACCGUGCAGAGAAACAUCGAGGGGAGAGUUGUUGUCAAGCUACCGUUUAAAGAGGCCCCUCAUUGUCUCGGCCAGUCGUACGCAACUGCACUUCGAAGAUUUAUUGCUCAGGAGCGGCGUAUAACGCGCUGUCCUGACCUUCACCAACGAUACAUCGCAUUUAUGGAAGAGUAUUCCCGCCUUGGGCAUAUGAGCAUCGUUGAAAAUGUGAAUUUCGAUAAUCCACAUUACUAUGUGCCUCAUCAUUACGUCCUGAAGCCAACUAGCACAACAACUAAACUCAGGGUAGUAUUCGACGCCUCCUGCAAGAGUACAACCCAAAGAUCGCUCAACGAUAUUCUUGCUGUGGGUCCUACUCUGCAGAACGAUCUAUACAUCUUGCUACUACGGUUUCGAUUAUAUCGUUACACACUUACUGCUGAUAUCGUAAAGAUGUAUAGACAAAUUUUGGUGGAUAAAAACGAUCGCAAAUUCCAAUACAUCUUAUGGAGAAGUACGCCCCACGAUGAAAUACGCACUUACCAGUUAAACACGGUAACAUAUGGUACGGCGUCCGCUCCUUAUCUCGCUGUACAGAGCCUAAACUACAUUGCUGAUGCAUACGAAUCGGAGUAUGCGCUCGGUGCCAGCACAAUUAAAACGUCAUUCUACGUUGAUGAUCUUUUAUGCGGUGCCGAUACCCUGGCAGAGCUAUCGCGAAUCAAAUACGAAGUCACGGAGAUACUGAGGCGUGGUUGUUUCCCCUUGGCGAAGUGGCAUUCAAACCACACUAAAUUUCGAGAAGACGACACCAUGAAAGAUUUAAAUAUCGACGAAAGUUUUACAACGAGCACUUUAGGUAUAAAAUGGGAUCAAAUACGAGAUAUUUUCUUAUUUACUUUUCAGUCGAAACAACCUGUGAAUGGACGUGGAACUAAGAGAUCAAUCUUAUCUAUUGCAUCAGCGCUUUUCGAUCCUUUGGGACUUCUCGCUCCGGUUAUUAUUACUGCAAAGAUCAUAUUACAAGAAAUAUGGCUUUUGAAGCUGAAUUGGGACGAGUCGGUGCCGCAGAACCUACAAACGGCAUGGGAACGAUUUCUCAAGGACAUAGCUCAUCUGAGUACGCUCUCAGUUCCAAGGUAUUCUGGAUCAACAAAUCACAACUCUUUACAAAUUCAUGGGUUUUGUGACUCGUCCAUUCGAGCCUAUGGCUGUGCUAUUUAUCUUCGCUCGAAAUCAACAGAAGGCAAACCUACUGUCACCCUUUUGACUGCCAAGUCGCGUGUAGCUCCAAUUAAGAAGCAAUCGCUACCUAAACUCGAGUUGUGUGGCGCCUUGCUGUUGGCACGUCUACUAGCAAAAAUAAAACCUCUAUUCAACGCCAACACCACUGUGUUUCUGUGGACUGAUUCACAAAUUGUGCUACAUUGGCUUGAACUGCACUCAGCUACCCUAUCAACAUUCGUCGGUAAUCGAGUGUCAGAGAUUCAAGAUCUCACAGCAGACGACCAUCAUUCCUACAACUUGAACCCGAAAACUGGCCCAGCAAUCAAUGUGGCCAACUCGAUAUGGAAGAAGUUUCUCGAGAAAAACGUAAGUCAGCUUUUAAAGCAGUCAUCGAAGAAAACUACAUUUUGAAGGUGCUUGAGAGAAACAGUACAUACAUUCAUUGCUUACGAGUUGUAGCCUGGCUAUUUCGUUUUCAUCAAUUAACAAGCAGGCCGCUUGAAACUCACCUAGACAAAGGAACUCUAUCACCUCAAGAUUUGAAGCAAGCGCUGUGGUGCAUUGUUUGGAAUGUGCAACAACAGCACUUCGCUGACGAAAUACGGCUGAUCAACCAAAACAAAACAAUAUCUGGGCAACUUAAAUUUCUCAACCCGUUUCUGCAGAUUCAAGGUGGUUUUCGUCUACUACUAGUUGGUGGGCGUCUUGAGCUAGCAGAUUUGGCAGAUUUUCAGAAACACCCUAUCAUAUUGCCAGGAAAAUGCUACUUCGUGGAGCUCUAUAUUCGACAUUUACACAUCACGCAUUACCAUGCAGGUGCUAAAGCACUGGUGGCAUUACUACGUCUUCAAUUCUGGGUCAUAAAAUGGCUGUACUACCUGCUUGAAAUACAUUUCAACGGGCCCGGGAUGUUUGGUCACAUUAUAUGCGCCCUUUUUGACCGCAUCCUUUGAUCCGCCCCUGCACAUGAUUGGUCAUAUUAUGAGCGCCCUUUUGACCGCAUCACUUGAUCCGCCCCUGCAUUGCAUUCCCGCAACCUUGAACAUCAGGUGAUUAAAGGAGACCAACCUUGAACAUUAGGUGAUUAAAGGGGACCAAAUUAGA